AUGAGAUCAGAUCCGAACACUAGAAAGUCCGAUGCCCUAUGUGAGUUCCACCAGGAACGCAGACACAAAAUAGGAGAUUGCAUCCCCCUCAGACAGGAAGUCAUAAACAUGUUACGGCAAGGGCACCUCAAAGAGCUUUUAAGCGAUAAGAGGAGGACCAACUUCGCCAGAGGACCUGAACAUCAAAGCCCAUCGAAGCCGCCAUCGCCAGCUCGUACCAUCAACAUGAUCAUCGACGGCAGCAACGAUGCUUCUACCAACAUCGUGAAUUUUACCACCACUCACAAACUCAAGCGGUCUAUCACCCAUAAACGGUACGACGGACUCGAAGAAAGUAACAUCUUCGACGAGUCGAAUGGCAACGGUUUGACUUUCCGUCAUAAUGAUGCCCUCGUUAUUACUUUACGCAUUUUAGAUACCGAUGUCCAACGUAUCAUGGUGGAUGAUGGAAGCAGUGCAUGCAUUAUCCAUCCCCGAGUCCUUACCCAAAUGAGGCUCGAGGAUAAGUUAGUGUCGUGUUGCAUCACGCUAACCGGUUCUAAUAAUGCAAUUGAGCAAACAUCCGGGGAAAUAACAGUCUCCGUCUUGACAAGCGGCAUGACUCUGGAGACAACAUUCCACAUCAUGGACCAGGCCACUACGUACAACGUCAUAGUGGGAUGA